AUGCUUCAAGGUCGAAGUGAUGUGGGUGAGGUGUUUGUCAUUGGCGGGCAAGCUGCCUAUGAAGAGGCGAUGGGGAUGUCGUGCUGCAUCCGCCUCUACGUGACCAGGGUGGCAAAGGAUUUCGAUUGCGAUGCGUUCUUUCCAACCCUGGAUGACAAGCAGUUUCAGAUUGUGCAUGUCAGCGCAACCCACAGCACCUCAGAUGUCCCCUUUGAUUUCGUCAUCUACGAAAGGUUGCCCGUGAAGGACGGAAGCGCUGCUGGCUACACGGCGUCGGCUGCAAUGGUGCAGCAGCCUUCAGCAGCGCUUGCUGCUGCUGGGGGGGCCGGCGUAUUUGGCCAUGAAGAGUACCAGUAUCUCAAGGCUAUCCGACAGAUCAUCCAGGAAGGGGUUCACAUGGAGGAUCGUACUGGCGUUGGAACCCGUUCCAUGUUUGGUCAGCAGAUGCGUUUCAACUUGAGACAUUCCUUCCCACUGCUGACCACCAAGCGCGUCUUUUGGCGAGGUGUGGUUGAGGAGCUGCUGUGGUUCAUCAAAGGCGACACGAACGCCAACCAUCUGACCGAGAAGGGAGUGAGGAUUUGGGAAGCCAAUGGCUCCCGGGAGUUUUUGGACAAGCGCGGCCUCGGCCACCGCGAGGAGGGAGACUUGGGCCCGGUCUAUGGCUUUCAGUGGCGCCACUUUGGAGCCAAGUACGUGGACAUGCAUGCCGACUACACUGGGCAGGGUGUGGACCAACUUGCAGAGUGCAUCCGAAAGAUCAAGGAAGACCCUUCAGAUCGCCGUAUACUUCUCUCUGCCUGGAACCCGGCAGAUCUUCACUUGAUGGCACUACCUCCAUGCCAUAUGUUCUGCCAGUUUUACGUGGCAAAUGGCGAGCUGUCCUGCCUGAUGUACCAGCGAUCCUGUGACAUGGGCUUGGGGGUUCCAUUUAACAUCGCCUCCUACUCGUUGCUGACCUGUAUGAUUGCGCAGGUGUGUGGCUUGAAGCUUGGAGAGUUUGUUCACACACUGGGCAAUACCCAUGUGUACCAGAACCACGUUGAGCCGUUGAAAACGCAGCUCGAGCGCACUCCCCGGCCUUUCCCUGUCUUGAAGAUCAACUCAGAGGUCAAGGACAUAGAUGCCUUCGCAUCCUCAGACUUCCAGUUGAUUGGAUACAAUCCGCAUGGCAAGAUCGCCAUGGAGAUGGCCGUGUGA